UUUCUUCCUGUCAUUCUCUCUCAAUCUUUCUCAGAGCCCUAAUUUCAGCACGGCACCUCUCCACAUCCAUUCGCGCGUCGGCGGAGCGCACUCGGGGUGGAUUUGUUCUUCUUUGCGCUACUUUUGCAUACUGGCUCUCCUUCCCGUCUGAACUUAUUUGAUAGGUGCAGAACACCAUGGCCGUGCCGGCUGCUCUGAUUCCCCCAUCGUCUCUGGUCCAGCCGUGUCCGAUCUCAACUUCUUCGUCAGCAUCAUCAGCAUCAUCAUCAUCAUGCUCCGCGACCGCAGCAUCAUCAUCCUCGCCUUCGGCCACUUCUGCGUCUCCUUCUCAGUCAGCGACCCAGAAUCUGUUCCGCACGGAUCUGAUCAGCACCAACACCAGCAGCAUCCCACUGGCCGGCAAGCCCGUGUAUUCUACCCCGUCCCCUGUUGAAAACACCCCGCAGAAUAAUGAGUGUCGGAUGGUGGAGCUCAGGGGCGCCAAGGUGGCCUCUUUCACGGUGGAAGGACAGGAGCUCAUCUGCCUGCCCCAGGCGUUUGACCUGUUUCUCAAACACCUUGUCGGGGGUCUGCACACCGUCUACACCAAACUCAAGCGGCUGGAGAUCACGCCGGUGGUGUGUAACGUGGAGCAGGUCCGCAUCCUGCGCGGACUGGGGGCCAUCCAGCCCGGGGUCAACCGCUGCAAACUCAUCUCCAGAAAAGACUUCGAGACCCUCUACAACGACUGCACUAAUGCCAGCUCAAGACCCGGGAGGCCUCCGAAACGGACCCAGAGUGUGACAUCGCCGGAGAACCCUCACAUCAUGCCGCACUCGGUGCCAGGCCUCAUGUCGCCGGGAAUCAUUCCCCCCACAGGCCUCACAGCCGCCGCUGCAGCAGCCGCAGCCGCCACCAACGCUGCCAUCGCAGAGGCCAUGAAGGUGAAGAAGAUCAAACUGGAGGUGAUGAGCAGCUACCACGGUAGCAACACCCAGCACGGGGCCGACUCUGAGAAUGGAGACCUCAGCUCCAGUGUGGGCUUGGAACUGCCGUUUAUGAUGAUGCCCCACCCCCUGAUCCCUGUCAGCCUGCCUCCCGCAUCCGUCACCAUGGCGAUGAGUCAGAUGAACCACCUCAGCACCAUCGCCAAUAUGGCCGCCGCAGCACAGGGACAGAGUGCCCCAUCCCGAAUGGUGACAUCAGUGAUUAAGGAACGGGUCCCCGACAGUCCCUCCCCUGCCCCCUCUCUGGAAGACGGCAGGAGGCCGGGGAGCCGUCCCUCAUCCCAGCGCAGCAGCAGCGUCUCCAGCUCUCCCGCGCACACGGAGAGCUCCUCCGACAGAAUGCCUGUGCAUCAGAACGGACUGUCGAUGAACCAGGCGUUACUAGGCCUGUCUCCCAGCAUUCUACCCGGGCCUAAAGAGGGCGAUCUUGCAACUCACGACAUCGGCCACGAGGCCAAGAGAAUGCACCUGGAGAAAGAAGAAACCCCCAUGUGCACGCCGACAGCAAGAGACAGCUAUGAGAGGCUCUCGUUGGCGGGUCAGACUUUACCUCCAGGAUUCCCCUCACCCUUCCUCUUCCCUGAUGGCCUGUCAUCUAUAGAGACCCUUCUGACUAACAUCCAGGGUUUGCUAAAGGUGGCAAUUGAUAACGCCCGCGCUCAGGAGAAACAAGUGCAGCUGGAGAAGACGGAGCUGAAGAUGGAGCUGUUUAGAGAGCGAGAGCUCAGAGAAACCCUGGAGAAACAACUGGCUAUUGAGCAGAAGAACAGAGCGAUCAUUCAGAAGCGAUUGAAGAAGGAGAAGAAAGCAAAGAGGAAAUUGCAGGAGGCGCUGGAGUAUGAGUCAAAACGGCGAGAGCAGGCGGAGCAAUCCCUGAAACAGACAUCACCCACAGAAAGUCUCAGAUCACUCAAUGACUCGUUGACCCAGGAGAUAGAGACUGACCGCAGCAGUGGCAGAACAGAUGCUGAGAGGACAAUACAAGCAGAUGGAAGACUUUUUCUGAAAACCACAGUGAUGUACUAACAGCGUGAAGACGUUGAAGACUGACGGCGUGUAUCUUAUGAAGAUUCUCCAGAGUCCCCUCGCAGGGUAAUUUAGUUACAGAAACAGGUCAAUCGCUCAUAGAGGUGCAUCAAGGGUUUAUGCUGGGCCCGAUGUGGAAGACGGAUCGUGUCCGAAUGUAGUAUUAGGACUCUUAUUCUCACUGAUAUAAACGUUAUAUUAUGCCAGAUGUGGGAUUGGAUGUGAUACGUUGGCGAAGGCGACAAUUUGAGCACAGUAAAAUGUACCGUUCGGUACACUCGGUGAUAAUAUUUACAACAAAUUCACAGCACUGAAGAUUUUUUAUACUGUAUUUAAACCAGCGAGAAAGCUUCGAAAAUUAAAUCUGAUUCAGAGGUUUUGUUUUGUAUUAAAAAAAAGAAAAAAAAAACAGAAAUCCUUAAUGUCAUAACUAUUUGCCAAGAUGUUAAAAAUCCGAACUUGGGGAAGAACCUCUGAAAAUGUGAAUUUGAAUAUAUGUUGAUCAACAGAAAAGACUAAUAUUUGCUUUUAAUGUUUUCUAAACUAGAAUAAAAAAAAACAAUCAAGUUUCAUUUCUAUCAUUAUUGUAUAUACAAGAACAGAAGAUAGGUUAACUCACUCACUUUGGUAUUUGUAUAUAAUGUUAAAAGUUGGUAUUGUGUAUGCAGUAGAUCUAUUAGGAGAACAAUACCAACGUUUAUAUUGAAUUUAUAGAUUUGUUUUGUUUCUGAGCCAUCAUUCUUUCGAUUCGCUGCCACUAUGGUGAGGAAGCAUGCAGGCAUGUAAAUGUGUUGUCCUGAAUUCAUGUUAUUCAAUAAAUACUUAACUGUGCUGAACAAAUGUACUUAGGGUUUAUUCACUCACACCCAGUAAAAGUUGAUGAACACUGCUAUCGUUUUAACAGCUACAUUUUCAGUUUGCACUCACAUGAAUCAGAUUCUUGUGUGGAUUCAAACUCAAGUUGUACAGAUCGCCAAAUGUUACCAACUAUCGUUACACUCAAUUCGGUGUAUUACUUUCACAGGCGCCCUUUAAAUAAUUAGUAUUUAAUAUAUCAUAUGAAUUAUUUAUUAUUCUGGUCAACUAACAUGCAACAGGUUUCCACUGGAAAGUUGCAGACAAAAUAGUAUUACACCAUUCUUAAUCUGAGAUAAAUGUUGGCAACAAAUUCAUUGAUUAUUAUUAUUUUAAUGUUUAAGAAGAAAACAUCCACACCAGUCUUCACAUACUAAACAGAUAGAUUUUUUUCUUUAUAAAGACAAAAAUCAAGCAAUCACGGCAAUACCAAACUGUCACAUUUAAAUAGAGAGUGAAACAAUUCAGCCGGAUGAGUUAAAUUACACUGUGCUAAUUAAUGGUAAUAUUGAAUAUAUUAAAUAACAGAUUACAGGCUUUUAUUGUACCAAGUAGAUGAUGAUGAUGGUGAUGAGGCACUUAUUGGAUAAUCAAGAAAAAUAUGUGUUGAAAGGAUCCUUUAUUAGAUGGACGUAUCUAAUGUUACGGGGCAGCUAUUUAUACUAUAAUCAUAGACAUUAUUUUGUCACACAUUUGUCCUCAGUCUGUAACAAUUCAAAUGUUUAUUGUGUUCAACUACAUGUUAAAGUAUCUUUUACCUCAUCAACGAGGACUUGCCUUUAAGUUUCUUUUUAUGUGAUGUAAACACUGUAGCAAGAUUUAUGGACAUAUUGUUCCUUAUUUCUUUCUAUGGCAGUAAAGGAAACGUAUAAAUAUUGAAAGGAUGUCUUGUUUUAAAGUGUUUUUCCCUCUUUUCUGAUCCUGUCUCCUGUAAUGACACAGUAUGUCAGAGUGAGUGUGUGUGUGCGUGCGUGCGUGAGUGUAUGUGUGUGUGUGCACGAGUGUGUCUGUUUUCUAUUCUAUGGUGUCAUAUAUGGUAAUAAAAUAUUUGUGAGUCAACGAU